AUGUGGAAACACCAGGAAAUGACAACCAAAAACCAUGAAGCUUCCAUGAAGAGCCUAGAUGGGCAGAUCGGGCAAAUCUCUAAGCAAAUUUUUACUAAAAGACCUUCAAGCUCACUGUCCAGUGACACAAUCCCAAAUUCUAAGGAGGAAUGCAAGGCAAUACAAUUAAGGAACGGGAGAACAUUGAUGAGCAACAAUGACACUACAAAGAAGCAAGCAGGAAGCAUCAAGAGGCCAACAAAAGAGGAGGAGCAAACAAAGGCAGAUGAAGCCAAGGAUCAAGAGGUGAUGCCAAGCAAGAGCACUGAGAAACUCAAAAAGAAGGACAACCAACCACAUAGUUCAAAAGAAGUGACUCAGGGGCAGCAUCAAAUAGGAAAGAGCAUCACACCUCCACUGCCAUAUCCCCAGAGGUUCAACAAAGAGGCUAAGGACCAACAUUUUCAUAAGUUCCUUGAGACUUUCAAGAAACUGGAGAUCAAUAUCCCCUUAGCUGAAGCACUUAAGCAAAUUCCUCUAAUAGUUCUCAACAAAGCUCUCUGUGACCUUGGUGCCAGUAUCAACUUAAUGCCUCUCUCAAUGAUGAGAAAGCUUGCCAUAGAAGAAUUUAAACCCACCAGGAUGUCAUUAGUCAUGGCUGACAGAUCAAUCAAAACACCCAGUGGAAUUGUGGAGAAUCUGUUGGUAAAGGUUGGGGAGUUUAUUUUUCCAGCAGAUUUUGUGAUUUUGGAUACUGAAGAGGAAGGGAAUAAUUCAAUCAUUUUGGGAAGGCCAUUUCUAGCCACAGCAAGGGCCAUCAUCGAUGUAGAAAAAGGAGAAAUGAUCUUCAGGGUCCACAAUGAACAAAUGGUCAUAAAUGUUUUCAAGUCAAUGCAACACAUUCCUGAGCAAGAGGACUACGUGAGAGUGGAUAUGAUAGAGAGUUUGGUGGAAGAAAUGCUGGAAGAAAGUCCUCAAGAGCAAGAAGAAAAUCAAGGGGCAACAGAGGAACAAGUAGCUGAGACUUCUAUUGAGCAAGAUGACAAACAAGACAAGAAGGAAGAGGCACGAAAACAAGAACUGAAACCAUUACCCACCCAUCUCAAAUAUGCAUACCUUGGCACAUCGGAAAGCUUCCCAGUGAUCAUUAAUUCAUCCCUGAGAAAGAAGGAAUAA